AUGAAACGUUCUUACGAUUAUAGCUUUGUAAAAGAGACAGACGACAUUACUAGCACAAUCAACCCGCACUCUAUAUCCCAAUAUAUCGCGACGCAGGCGACGCAUCCAUCCAUCGGUCACUAUCCCACUGUCCCUGCAAAUCCGCUUCUCGGACAAUACGGUAUUCUAGGUUCUGCCUUUGAGCUGCGGGUUCCCCUCCUCGCUGGUGCGGUUGGUUUUAAUCCGGACUUCCAAUCGAACACCGCGUUGUUACAUGCUAAUCUGCAGCCAAGGGUAUCUGGGCCUCAUCUACCAUCGGAACCGAUUGGAAGCUGCUCUCGUCCUUCUGGAUUAGGCAUUCUGUAUGAAUACCCGUCUUCUGAUGCGGCUCAUAUCUCACCUUGUCCAGCUGAACAUCAGGCCUCGCAGUCGAAACCAUCAUGUUCGGGUUUGCUGGGGGCUAGUUUGGAUACCCUGUCUCUUCACGACAUCUGCCAUGUUGAUUCUUCGCCUGUCCCUACAUCGGCCAUUGAUAUCACUGACUCCAGCCUCGCUUAUGGUCUGGAUCCUUUUUCUCAAUAUUCAAGCCAAACCUUUACAUCUCACAGAUUCACGCAUUCUUCAUCUAUAGCGUCUCUCUGUUAUCCAAGCGGCUCUGAUUCCAGCCUGACGGAUGGUCUGGACUGGAUGGCUGCUAAACGAGAGCCACAGAGCUUCCUGGAGUUUCGUACACCACCUCUGCAGUCUAGGGAUAGCCUUGAAUUCUUGUCGCAGCCUCUGGUAGGAAUCUUUGCAGACAUCAAUAUGCGCGAGCUAGCUGUCAAACUGGAGGCCCCAGAGGCUGGAGUGAAUCCCGCGGAUAUCAUGGGGGAGCUUGCCUCCGUCAAAUUAGAGCAGGUUGAUCACGACGACAGUAGCGGUUCGUCAGUCCAGGAAUCUCCAGUUAUAGAUCAUCUCUCGGAAAAUCGUUAUGACGCGGAUGUCGCAUUUCCUGAUGAUGCCAUUAACACCAUAGUAUCGGUCCUGACUGCGUCAAAGCGUGAAGUUGAUGCGAUGGAACUUAUUGCCUCACAAUCCGAACCAGUCUUGGGGGAGUCGGAUGUGUUCGACCAUACGUUUCCCGUACGAACAGCGCUUACGGCUCCAAACGUGAUAUCAACAUCUGUCCCCCUGAUCUCACCGACACUCCCGAUACUGCAACCUCCUGGCCGUAGUCCGCUUACAGACACAUAUAGUACUAAUCUGCGGCUCGACACCUGUCUCGUGGUGACUGCAUCAUCGUUCGUCAAACAACAGAGCCCAGUCCUAAAUGCACACCUGGGUAUUGAACUCGAUGACCUCCGUAGGCGGGCGGAUGAUUUUCGCCGAAAUAAUCCUGGUAUAGAUAUUGACAAGACGUGGUUACAGGCAUACGCAGGGCGACUGUCCCAGCGUGGGGAGCUACUCGAAGAUUACCGCUGUUAUGUCGUCGGUUGCGCACAAAGGAACAAACGUAGAGACCACAUCCUUGUUCAUGUUGGUUCACACGUUGAACACCGGCCAUUUCAGUGUGUGCACUGUGGGAUGCGUUUCCUGCGUAAGAAUGAAUGCAAACGACACGAGUCCAGCCAUGGCGGUCGCAAGCCGUUCCAGUGUCCUAUUUGCGCGCCCAUCCAAGACAGAAGUUUUGUGCGCCAAGAUCUGCUGAAGAGGCACAUGCGAGUUACCCAUGGAGUACAGUCAGAGUCGGCUGUAGAUAGGCGGAAGAAAAUUAAGCUGACGGCAGAGGAAGAGUACUGGCCAUAA